CAGCAUUACCCAGAAUUCUCUGCGGUGAUGCCUUUCAUGAAACUCGUAAUAAUUGCUUUUCAGCCACUCAACUCCAGUUGAGUCUCUGUAGCAAUGUGGACGGUGGGCAGAGGAAUGCACAAACCAAACUAGACAACAGCAGAUCCUGUUUUUGGCCUCCUGACUUUGUAUAUCAUAUAAUACAUAUAAAGUCAUUUUGGGUGAUCAUCUGGACGCUGACAGGACAAGAGUGGUUUUUAAGGGGCAUUAAAGCAACAGCAAUGAACUAGGGUGAGCAACACCUUCAUGAUACAUGCACUAAAAAAGUAUUCUCAGGAAUCUACCACUGCAGAUACUUCUUCACUUCACUUAAAGAGCUUUAAAUCAAUUUUGGCAAUAGUGCUUACUAAACUAAAUGUCAGAUUUCACUUGUGGUAAAUCAUCUUUACUCUGUGUCAAAACAAUGAAAGGAUUUAAGCUCUUUUACAGCUCACAUUUUAUCAUAGGCUGCAGACCGAACAAAGCACACAAGCUUUUAUAUAACAUCAUCACCACUCUAUAAUGUGGAUACUUGAGCCUAAAUUUUAAUAGGAUUGGAACUAUUUGUCUUGCACCUUUUAGCCCGGCAGUCAUAAACACUCGCUGCAGCCUCUCGCUUUUCAUGCUUGUUUGGUCCCUUGGCUUUUCAUUCUGCUCCUCUUCAUUCUCUCCUCCUCCUCCUGCUCCUCUACCUGCUGUCCUGUCUUCUGCUCAUCUCCCUAAUCUUCACUCUCCUCCUCCUGCUGCUCUCCCUGCUCUCCCCUUUUCCUCCCUUUUGUCUCCUAGUUCUCCUCUCCACCUGCUCCUCUCCCUGCUCUCCCCUUCUCCUCCUUCUCCUCUCCUAGUUCUCCUCUCCACCUGCCUCCUCCUACUCCUGAUUGGCUUUUGACACACAUCUGGCGCCAGAGUUUUACACAGAUGUUGUAGGUAAAGUUAGUGUAAAAAGAGAAAGCUUGAACAACCUCUCUUUUUCUGUUUCUUGCUCAGUCACUGAGACCACAUAUGGGUUCACAUUGAAUUCUAUGGAUGUUAAUAGGGACUUAGACAUGCAGGCUGAUGGUUCCUGUACAUGCUGUGAAAUAUACUCCUGUACACACCACUGAUCUAUGGCGUCAUAGCUUUAAGCACUGGGCUACUCACCAAACUUCUCUAUACUUCUGGCAGCUUUAAAACUUUGCUGCUCAGUGAUAUCCAGAAGAAGUAAUUUGUUGACAAUAAAAACACAGUAAGUGACCGCAUGUUAAACCAGAACAUUCCUUUCUAAUGAGAACAUUAAUGUUGCACUGCAGAUAUAAAUACACAGAGUAUCAGAGUCUCUGCAACAUGCUACUGAAAACCCUCAUCAUCUGUGUGCAGGAGUCUCAGGUUUCCUGAAUAAAUCAGUUAAAGCCUUCAGAGGCCCCUGUGGCCUGUUACCAAAAGAAAAAACACGCAGUCAAACUCCUCCACUGUGACCGCUGGUGCUCGGGCCGGACCUGUUCUGGUUGGCUUCACAGUUGGUGCUCUACCAGCAGCAAUAAUGUGGUAAUAACAUCUGUAACAUCUGGAAAACAUCGAUGUUUAAAGGCAAGCUUGUAACGGACAAAUAUCCCCGGGUCCAGAUCGCUGCUCUGCUUCAGCCCUGCAGCAGCCGAGACAGAGGCUCCUCUGCUCUGCAGCUCUCCAUCACACCAGUAGCUGCUGCCUACAGAGAAAAAUAAAAACUGCUGUACCCUUACACAAACUAUGACAAGGAUAUGAGCACAUUUAUGGCCAUGCAAUGAAAACCAAAGGAAACAUCAUAAAAAAGAGUGCCAAUCAUUUUCUUAAAGGAGCAGUCCAACUAUUUGAAAGACACAGGCUUUUAUUAAAUCUGACAUUAGAUGAGAAGACCAGUGCCUCAUGUCUUAUAGAGAUUAGAGGAAAAAUACAUGCAUUACAUUUUCUUUUGCUAAAGCAUCAAAAUGUCAUUUCAUUGCGUACAAAGACUCAGAGUAGUAAGUGAUCUGUUGUGUAUUGCAUGUAUGUAUUGCAAAAGGAACCCUGUAAAAGCAUAUCAGUACUUUUAGCGAGGGGUAAUGAAUAGUGAGCAGGAUGUUAUUACAGAUUAAAACCCUGCAGGGUGAGCAGGACCCUGACGAGCCAGAGGGGUCUUGUUAAAUUUAAUCUAGCUGUUAUUUAUCACUGUGUUGAGUGAUAAAAUUUUACCAAUCUGGACCAUCUAAUAAUACCAUGUAUCAUCAGCUGGGUUGCUGGCACCGUAUUCAGCCUUUAUAAGUUCCACUUCUGGAUGCUAGAUGCAUUAAAACAGCCUCAUAAACAGAAGAGGCUCCCUGACCUGCAGGACUAAAAGGACCAAGUACAUUUUUGACAGACUGCACAGAGCUGAUGAGGAUAGAGUCAGUGAUACUGAUGUCAAAGUAAAUUCAGACAAGUUUAAUUCUAUUAAAAAAAGGUAAAUUCAAACCUUAAACAUGAUGGUAGCUACAUAUAAUGGAGUCUGAAAGCUUUGUGGUCUGUGCUGUUGUGUCAUGAUAUUUCCAUCUCUCUAUUUUUUAUCUAGUUAGGGCCACAGGGCAAACACACAGAGCCUCUAUUGUUAUUCUGUGGAACUUUUCUUAUUCUUUUACCAGACAAAUUUCAAUUUGCUACUAGUCCUACAGCUUAAAGAGUUGCAGGACAAAUUAUAUAUCAAAAUGUGCGGACUGAUCAGGAUCUGUGUACUUUUACUUUUCUCUAUUAUAUAUGAAUUGUGCACACUGUGGAAAAAAAAUUGCAUUGAAGUAAUUGGGACAGGCUCUUUUUCUUAUUUCUCUGCAGGAUCAAGGAUGCUGUUGACAGUGGAGGAAUUGGUGCUGUCUUUUCUAAGACACAGAUCAAGGUUGCUUUUGAAUGCACUAUCAGUUGUUAAAGCCACUGUUUCUUUUUCAGAUGAUUACAUGUUUGUCUCUUGCUCUUUGGUUUCAGACAUUACACGAUGAUCUGCUUUCUGGAAACAUCCGCUCCGGCAGGAUGUUUCUUUGGAGGAAACCCGCCACCUCACUCCGGCUCACGCAGCAUCUGAAGAUAAGGACACUAUGUUGGAGUGAGCAGCGCGUAAGUAAAAAUGCCAUCCAUCAUAAGUAUUUUUACUCUCAUAGGUGUUACAUUUGAAAGCUGUUUACUUUGUAUGUUUUUCUUCAAUAGAUCUUCGAGCUCCUGCGGUUAAUUGAGGAGGCAACGACCAUAUCUGACAACAUCAAGAGAGGCGAGAUUCAUUUGCUAGAUUUUGUCUUUGAUGUCAUGCUCCCAGAGGUGAGUAGAUCAAACUAUAUAGCUGGCAUUGAAAAUUGAUGAUAUUGUUAAGAGGUUGUUUUUAUUCAUUUGGAAAGCUCAAGAACAACAAUUAACCUAUACUGCAUAACUUCAAAUGUUCACAUUAUUUGACUGUUUUUCAGCUUUUGUUCAAAGUACUUCAAGAGCAUGGCAUCACCCAACUCAGGGCGGAGCAGAUGAUGACCUGUGGCAGUCUAUUUUAAGCCCCCC